UGUCCGCCGAGCCUCUCGGAUUCCGCGUGCCGCGCCGUGACCCGCUGCCGGGAGCUGUGAGGAGAGCGGGCCGAGCUCGGGAUCCGCGCCAUGGAUGCAGUGACCUAUGAGGAUGUGCAUGUGAACUUCUCUCAGGAAGAGUGGGCUUUGCUGGAUCCUUCUCAGAAGAGUCUCUACAGAGAUGUGAUGCUGGAAACCUACUGGAACCUCACAGCUAUAGGCUACAAAUUGGAAGACCAGAAUACUGAAGAACAUUGUGAAAGUUCUAGAAGACAUGUAAGGUAUGACAUCAGUUAUUCUGGAUACAACCCCUGUGAGCACAAGGCGUAUGGAAAGAAGCCAAGUACCUUUGCACGGAACAGUUUUCUUCAGAUAUAUGAAAGGAUCCAUACUGAAGAGAAACCCUAUGCGUGCAAACUGUGUAGUAAACCCUUUGCAAAUUUCAUUAGUCUUCGAAAACAUGAGAAAAAUCAUACUAGAGAAAAACCCUAUGAAUGUGAUCACUGUGGUAAAGCCUUUCCGAGUCAGAGUUCUCUUCAAAUACACACAAGAACUCACACGGGAGAGAGACCAUAUCAAUGCAGCGAGUGUGGUAAAGCGUUUGCACGUCACAGUAAUCUUGAUAUACACAAAAGAACUCAUACGGGAGAGAAACCCUAUGAAUGUAAUCUGUGUGGUAAAGGCUUUGCAACUCGCAGUCACCUUCAAAUACAUGAAAUAAUUCAUACAGGAGAGAAGCCCUAUGAGUGUACUCAGUGCGGUAAAGCCUUUGCGUAUCGCAGUAACCUUGAAGCACAUGAAAAAACACACACUGGAGAGAAACCGUACGAGUGCAAUCAGUGUGGUAACGCCUAUGCAACCCGUAGUAGUCUUCGAAAUCAUGAAAAACACCAUACUGGCGAGAAGCUGUACGAAUGCAGUGAAUGUGGUAAAGCCUUUGCACGUCGCAGUAGCCUUGAAAUACAUGAAAGAACUCACACUGGAGAGAAACCUUAUGGAUGUAAUCAAUGUGGCAAAGCCUUUGCACGUCGCAGUCUUCUUCAAAUACACGAAAGAAGUCACACCGGAGAGAAACCUUACGAGUGUAAUCAGUGUGGUAAAGCCUUUGCAAGCCGUACUAGUCUUCAGAAUCAUGAGAAACAUCACACUGGAGAGAAGCCCUUUGGAUGCAAUCAAUGUAGUAAAGCCUUUGAAUUAAAGUGCGAUCUUCAGAUACAUCAGCGAGUUCACACUGGAGAGAAACCCUAUGGAUGUAAUCAGUGUGGUAAAGCCUUUGCAAGUCGCCAUAAUCUUAAAAUACACGAAAGAAUUCAUACUGGAGAGAGGCCCUAUGUGUGUAAUCAAUGUGGUAAAGCCUUUGCACAUUUCACUAGUCUUCGAAACCAUGAAAAAAUUCAUACUGGAGAGAAACCUUAUGUAUGUCAUCAAUGUGGUAAAGCCUUUGCAUGUCGCAGUAAUCUUCAAAUACAUGAAAGUUCUCAUACUGGACAAAAACCCUAUGAAUGUAAUCAGUGUGGUAAAGCCUUUGGACAUAUAAUUUAUCUUCAAAGGCAUGAAAGAAGCCACAUUGGAGACAAGCCCUAUGAAUGUAAUCAGUGUGGUAAGCGCUUUACACAUUUCAGUCGUCUUCAAAAACAUUUCAAAAAUCAUUCUGGAGAGAAACCAUAUGAAUGCAAUCAAUGUGAUAAAGCCUUUGCAAGUCGCAGUAAUCUUCAAACACAUGAAAGAAUUCAUACGGGAGAGAAACCCUAUGUAUGUAUUCAGUGUGGUAAAGCCUUUGCAAGUCGCCGUAAUCUUCAAAUACAUGAAAGAAUUCAUACUGGAGAGAGGCCCUAUGUGUGUAAUCAAUGUGGUAAAGCCUUUGCACAUUUCACUAGUCUUCGAAACCAUGAAAAAAUUCACACUGGAGAGAAACCUUAUGUAUGUCAUCAAUGUGGUAAAGCCUUUGCAUGUCGCAGUAAUCUUCAAAUACAUGAAAGUUCUCAUACUGGACAAAAACCCUAUGAAUGUAAUCAGUGUGGUAAAGCCUUUGGACAUACCAUUUAUCUUCAAAGGCAUGAAAGAAGCCAUUUUGGAGACAAACCCUAUGAAUGUAAUCAGUGUGGUAAGCGCUUUACACAUUUUGGUCGUCUUCAAAAACACUUGAAAACUCAUACUGGGAAGAAGCCAUAUGAAUGUAGUCAGUGUGGCAAAGCCUUUGCAAGUCGCAGUAAUCUUCAAACACAUGAAAGAACUCAUACUGGAGAGAAACCGUAUGAAUGUAGUCAGUGUGGCAAAGCCUUUGCAAGUCGCCGUAAUCUUCAAAUACACGAAAGAAUUCAUACUGGAGAAAAACCCUAUGGAUGUAGUCAAUGUGGUAAAGCCUUUGCACAUUUCACUAGUCUUCGAAAUCAUGAAAAAAUUCAUACUGGAGAGAAACCCUAUGGAUGUAAUCAAUGUGGUAAAGCCUUUGCAUGUCGCAGUAAUCUUCAAAUACAUGAAAGUUCUCAUAAAGGAGAGAAACCCUAUGUUUGUAAUCAGUGUGGUAAAGCCUUUGGACAUGUAAUUUAUCUUCAAAGGCAUGAAAGAAGCCAUUUUGGAGACAAACCCUAUGAAUGUAAUCAGUGUGGUAAGCGCUUUACACAUUUUGGUCGUCUUCAAAAACACUUGAAAACUCAUACCGGGGAGAAACCAUAUGAAUGUAGUCAGUGUGGCAAAGCCUUUGCAAGUCGCAGUAAUCUUCAAACACAUGAAAGAACUCAUACUGGAGAGAAACCGUAUGAAUGUAGUCAGUGUGGCAAAGCCUUUGCAAGCCGCCGUAAUCUUCAAAUGCAUGGAAGAAUUCACACUGGAGAGAAGCCCUAUGGAUGUAGGCAAUGUGGUAAAGCCUUUGCAUGUCAAAGUAAUCUUCAAAUACAUCAAAGUACCCACACUGGAGAGAAACCUUAUGGGUGUAGUCAGUGUGGUAAAGUCUUUGCACAUGUCAUUUAUCUUCAAAGGCAUGAAAAAUGUCAUACUGGAAACAAACCCUAUGAAUGUAAUCUAUGUGGUAAAGCCUUUGCAAGUCGAAGUAAUCUUCAAAAACAUGAAAGAAGUCAUACAUGAGAUAAACCUUAUGGAUGUAAUUGAUACAGUAAAGCUUUGGCACAUCAGUGUAAUCUUCAAACAUGUCAAAGAAAUCAUAUUGUGAGAAACUCUACAAGUGUAAUCAAUGUGGUAAUGCCUCUGCAUGUUACAGUCUUCUUCAAAGGCA